AUAAGAAUUUAAAUUGCGUAAAUAUGGGAAAAACUACAAAAAAAUGCCAAAAAAAUAAAUCAAGCAAAAAAAAUAAAUCAAGCAAAAAAAAUAAAAUUAAAUCUGUGAAUCUAAGUGUAAACAACAGUUCCAAGGCUCCAAAAACGGCUGUUGUCUUAGUUAACACGUGCAAGAAGGUUUCAAAAAAAAAUAAAUCUACGCGUAUAAAUUAUUCUCCUGAUGAUUUAGCUAAUGCUUUGAAAGCUGUCGACACAGGUGUUUCACUGAGAAAAGCUGCUGCAGUGUACGGAGUUCCCAUAGCUACACUCUCAAGAAAAAAAGCGAACCCUGAAAUAUCCAAACAAAAAACUGGACCAGCAACUGUUUUUUUCGGAUACCGAAGAACAAAAAAUACUCAGCGUGGUUUACCAGUAACUAAAACAGAGCUCUUAGAUUCUAUUCAACAAUAUGUGAAAAGUCAAAAAAAGAAACUCCGUUUAUUGAUAGUCGGCCUAGCCGACAUUGGUAUGAGGGCUUUCGAAAAUGACACCCUCAAAUGUCAAUCAGGAAACCACAAUAUC